AUGGACACCACUGGCUCCAGCUGCGCAGCUCCUGCUUCCGGGCUCUUCCUGAUGCAACCCCCAAGUCUGGCGGUUCAGGCCUACAAUGGGGAGACUCAUCACCAAGCACUGGUUCCAUCCAUCGCACCCAACCUGGCAGAAAAAGAGGCCAGAGAACCUUCUUCCCCUGAUUCACUCCUGAAAAGUCCCCCUCGUGCCCUGGCCGCACUCCAGCGUGAGCGAUGCCAUUCCCUCUACUCAGCUCCCCAAACUGACUCAGUUCAGAGGAUCAAGGGGGUCCCCGCACCCGACUGGCGGGAGCUGCAGACAGUCCUUCGGGAAAAGCUCUGCAGCAGGUCCAAAUCCUUACGAGCCCGUGUGCAGCCUGCUUCUAGAAAGAGCACAACCAUCCCCCUAACAGUCUGUGCUUUGGAACAGACCGCAGAACCCUCUGCACUGAGUCUCCUGGGCCCCCAUGUUCCCAGCAAAUGUGUUUCACAGUGUCAUCGAUGUCAAGGAAAACAGUACGAGCACAGAUUUCUUGCUAGAGAGGAUCACAGGCCCGGCAGGUUUGCGGGGGUAAGGGAGGUAGGAAAUAGGAAAGAGUGGGAGAUUGUUUCCCGUCCCGAGGCAGCUGUCUCCAACAUUCUAGAGGUAGCAAGGACACAGCUGUCCCUCCUGACUGUCCCUGCGCGAUUGGACUUGCAGGCAUCCGUUGUCUCAAAGCAAAGAGAGCCCAGGGCCUGCCGGUAUGCAAAUCUCUGGAAAGAAGAGGCCUCUCUGUUCUCUUGGGCUGAAGCCUGGGUUUCUCCUUUGCUGCUGUCUCCCACGUUCUGCCUUCUCCAUCCUGAGCAAAGAGCAUCCCUGGCUCCAUGGAACAAGUCAAGGUCCCCUGGGUGAGGUCAAGAGCUUGCACUGCCCCUUAUUUUGUUAGUGGCAUCAUGCAUCAGCCUUUAUUCAUGCCUUGUAAAGUUGUAGCCUUUAAUGUUAUGUCUCAUCCACACCUAUGAUUCUCCAUCACAGCAAUUUGCUGUGGAGAAAGAACCCUUCAAGCAGGGCCUGUGAGUCACGGCUUCCUCCUGGCCCUACCCACCCAAGAGGGGGCACAGUUAACAGGCGUGUUUGAUUCUCUGGGACGUGGAAGACGUGAUUGAGCUUAUCUGUGCUCCUAAGGUCAAGGGACUUUACACAAUGAAUGGGAACAGUAGAACCCUCUGUUAAUGGGAAUGGAUAAAGAA